GCAGGUCAGGUGGCAAAAGUUGAUGACAGUCAUCACGAAAGAGUAACAACAUCCGACAAUGUCUAGACACUAUAUCCGUUUGGUUUACAAUGAGUGAUCAGUUGUUUCAAUAGGAACGAGCGGCACAUGCAGUAAUGAAAAGAAUGGGGUUUGGAGGCAAGAUCCGAGUUUGAAUCAAACGAAGCUCGAACUGACCGUGACAGGCUGCGCCGUGAAUGUCACGAGGUCACACACGAAGUUCUUUCAAAUCCAACGAGGUCAUCCAGAGAUCAUCGAUAUCGAUCACUAGUCCAGACUCCAGAGUCAAGUGCAUUCCUUGGAAACUUGAAGUACAACAAAUAAUGUUUGCUACGCCCAUCGGACACGGGGCCGCUGCACCGGCCAACAAUGUUGCCGAGAACGCGGAGUCUGAUGUCCAGAAUGAAAUCGAUGAAAUUUCAUGCAACGAGAUUGAUCAGGACGGAGCUCCUACCGAGGCAGACAUAAUGACUGUCACGGCGGAGCUCGUCUUUAACGAGAUGCCAAGUCAUCUGAUAUACAUUUCUGACGACUAUGAAACCAUGACCCUUAUUGAUCGCGAGACUCUGGUGGAUCUGUUCCGUCCGGAAUUGAUCAGGGCCUGCAAGGACCUUGUUUCCAAAGACAAACUUCCUGACGUGGUCAGGCAGAAUCUGAGAUAUGCAGCCCUUUCUCAUAGAUGGCUCAGCGUUGGGGAACCAACAUUCCAGGAGAUGUCCGUGGAAAGGAACCAUCAAUCUACAAGGCCUGGGUUUAUCAAACUCCGUAAAUUUUGCCAGAAAGCAAGGGAGUACGGCUGUCGCCUCGCUUGGUCAGACACUUGCUGUAUCGACAAAAGAAGUAGUGCGGAGCUCGAUGAGGCCAUCAGGGCCAUGUUCAAGUGGUACCGCAACGCAGAGAUAUGUAUAGUUUUUCUUGCAGACUCUUCAUCCAUCUCGGACUUUCCGGAGGAAGUAUGGUUCCAACGCGGUUGGACACUUCAGGAGCUUCUUGCCCCUCCACGGAUCAAGUUCUACGGCAGCAGUUGGGAGGAACUCGGCCGUUCGCGCAAUGACAAGGAAGACCAUUCCAUGUUACAGGCUCUUUCUCAGGUGACGGGAAUAUCCCGCCAGAAUUUACUGUAUUUCAGUCCGGGGUUAGUCGAUGUUCGCGAGAAGAUGAUCUGGGCAUCCAAGAGGAGAACAACAAGGAUAGAAGACGUCGCUUAUUCCUUGAUUGGAAUUCUUAACAUCAGCCUUAGUGUGGCCUAUGGAGAAGGAGAUCGGGCGUUCCGCCGCCUGAUGGAAGCCAUCAUGCAGGCCUGUCGUGAAUGGCAGAUAUUGGCGUGGGCUGGUCCUCAUUCCCCAUUCCAAGCCAGCACCCCUCGCUCUCCUCUGGCGUACUGUGCUUUUGACGAAGCAUCCGCCAACAUACUUUUACCAGAUCGCUAUAUAAUGGAUCGUCCCUCCAAGCUUGGUGACCCUUUUUUUACGAUGACGAAGAGAGGUUUGGAGCUUGAAGUCAUUCUGGAACACGGAAAAAAAACUCAAGUUAUCCGCCUCAUCUCCGACUCUGCGAGCUUUUAUGACGUCACAGCCCGGUGUGACGUUACCUUUUUACCAUUCUCGCAUGACUACCUUUUCUUCGUACUCGGAUCUAGUAUUGAUAGUGCGUAUGGGGGAUGGCAAAAGGUUGAGACGCAAAAAAUUGUGACAAUUCGUACCAAGCGGGAGGUAUACCGACAAGUUACGACAGUGUGGCUUUAGCCUUAUAUCCGCUCACUCGCAUUGUAACAUACAUAUCUCUAUCCCAGGUGACAUGAGUCAUUAGGCUGCUCUUACAUAGCUUUUCACUGCGGAUGCGGCUGCCGAUGGCCUCUUUUCGUACACAGCUUACACCGCAUGGACUCUUUUACAACCUUUAGACCAAGUAGCAUCAUACCUUGUCACGCACGAACGGCGAAACGAGUUCCCAGCAGUCACAUCAGUAUAUAUAUCUGAUCCCUUCGUUCCUAUGUGACUUCUUCCACC